CUUUCGAAAAACUAAAAUCGUUUAAAGUGGCGGGUUGCACGUAGUUUUUGUCAAGUCAGCAGGAAUUGUUGACUUUGGACCAAGUAAACGUCUUUUCGGACGAACUACCAACGUGCCUGGAUUUAUUUCCACAGAUCUGACAAUAACUGAUGGCAGCCGGAAGGCUUAUAAAACGAAAAAACAAAUCAACGAGUUUCCAAACGCUAUUUGAUCAAAUACUGUGCCGAUCAGAAAAGUUAUAUAAAGGAUCUGUUAAGUCAGACGAGAAUAUACUACAACUGUUAGAUGUUUUGGACAAUUGUCGUAAUAAGUGGAAAAGUACUUUCAUAAAACUAUAUUCCGUUCUGCGCGUCCAAAAGUCAGAAGUUAAGCGACUGACAAAUUUACAGGCCCACACCCAGGCUAUGUUCGAAGCUGAAGUUCAGAAACGGCGUCGUAUAGAACGAUCAAGGAAAUCUCUUGAACGCAAGAUUAAUAUGAUAAGACAAGUGCUACUCGUUAAUGAUGUUGAUAGCGCCAGACGUCAUCUUGAUGCGAUUGACCUCUCGUCGGAUGAAAUCAACCAGUCUUGUAAUGAAUGGUCAGUAGGUUCUCCGGUUGAACACGCCAAUACACCUAUCCAUUCGGAGUGUGCUGUCAAAAAAGGCCGUAAUAGCGGUCGCACAUCGAAAAAAUUGGGUAGAGCUAGUUCAGUCAGUCAUACUGGUGCUGUCAGACGUUCUGCUACAAAACAAGAAUUACGAUGUGCUUCUGUGCAAAAGUUUAUUGUACGUCGUUCAAGAGAAAAUUUAUCUUCAAAAUCUCCACAAAAUAGUGCACAGAGACUAGGAACCAUAAAUCGUUUAAAUCGUCCUCACAAUUUUGUUUCACGAACUGUAUUACGGAUGGAAUUGUGUAGUGCAUGUGGUCGGCGCAUUACUUUUGGUAAAGCUUCUUACAAAUGCUUAGUUUGUCGUCUUGUAGUACAUCCAGCUUGCCGACAACUGCUUAUUCAAACUUGUGUACCACGUGCAAAUUUCACUCCUCAAACAAGUCGCAAUCUACCAACACCCCAUCACGUUUCUGCGUACAUUCCUAUUUCACCACUAACACAACCUCAAACUCAUGGUUAUGGGGAUCCAUUACUUCCUAGUCCGACAUUUGCAAAUCGAAUGAGAUCGCGUAAUUUAAGCUUGUCUUUAUUAUGUCCAUCUGAUCAGUUCCCACGAGUACCUGCACUGGUAAUACAUUGUGUGAAUGAAGUUAUGGCUCGUGGUAUGAAAACUGUUGGACUCUAUCGAGUUUCUGGUUCUGAAAAGCAAGUUCGAGAUUUAUAUGAAAAAUUCCUACGCAGUCGAAGUACACCAAGUUUAGCAUUAAUUGAAGAUAUUCAUGUAGUCUGUGGAUGUUUAAAAUUAUUUUUAAGAAGUUUAGAAGAACCUUUGGUAACUUACCUUCAAAGACCAAAUUUUGUUGGAGCUAGUGAACAAUAUUCAACUAAUCCUACAAAAGCAUAUGAUUGUGUUUUGAAUGUUUUAAAAAAUUUACCAACACCUAAUCGACAUACUUUGUCAUUCAUUAUGCUUCACUUAAAGGCUGUGUCUAAAACACCAUUAUGUCAAAUGGGUGAAGAGAAUUUAGCAAAAGUUUUUGGUCCAACAUUAGUUGGUUAUUCUUGUCCAGAGCCUCAAGUUAUGCAAGCUAUCUCUGAAACAAAACCACAACAAGAUGUUCUACGAUUACUUUUCAAUAUUUCUGACGAUGUCUAUUCAUCAUUCUUAUCGGAUUGGGAUAAUACUACUGAAGAGAAUAAUGAACCACGUACAACAUACUUUACAUCUUUAACUACAGAUAUGAAUUCAUCGGAAUUAACACCUAAUUCAUAUAAUAAUUAUAAUCAUAAUAAUCGGUUUUGUGACAUUGGAGGAUCUACUCGAAAAGGAUUUUUACCCAACUUAUUAUCAUCAUUUCGAGAUAUGUCUAGUUAAAGUAUAAUUCAUAAUCAUACACACCUCUGUUGAUUUAUUUACUACCGUACUUUUUUUGUUACUUCUACUACAAAAGAAAAACAUACAUUAUUAAUUUCUAAACAUUAAUACAUGUAGUUUUCUUCAUUUUAAUUAUUAGAUUACAAUUGUAACUGACCAUUAGUUCAUUGUUUCACUUUAUAUGUCUUCUUUAGUAUACUCAACGUGUCAACUGUUGGUAGUAUUUUGAAUAAUCUUAAUUAUUAGCUACAUUUUUUGGGUUCAAUUGAAUAUUUUAUCCAGUAUUUUCACAGUUUUUUAAGUCAUUGAGGUAAAAAGUUGGCAAAAAAAGACAAAGGAGAUAGUGCACAGAGUUCUAGAUUCAUCUUGUUACGUCCUUGAUCUGUCUAACCACUCUUGUGCCGAGGAUAAUUUGUCUUAUGUAGAUUAAGACCUUGACGCGA